AUGGGAAACCCACCAUCAUCACUUGAAGUCACUGACACCAUCCAAGAUACACCCUCAAACCUCAAUCUCGACAACCAAGGCCUCUUGCAUGGUAACACCUUGAUUGAAGCCGGCGGCAGUGAUGAAGACGGGGAAUUCUCCGCCAGCGACUUUGACGCCGAUGACAUCUCCCUGGCAAGCACUAGCUCCUCAUCCACCUCCAUCAACUCCAGCAUUCUAGAACACAGUUACGAAAACGGGCGUCGCUACCACCGUUAUCGCCAUGGAAGAUAUCCUCUACCGAAUGACGAGGCGGAGCAGAAUCGUGAGGAUAUGAUGCAUGCCAUGAUGCUCGAGGCCACCGACGGAAGACACUUUUACGCCCCAAUUGGUGAGAAUCCACAAAAGAUAGCCGAUUUGGGGACAGGGACGGGUAUCUGGGUUAUUGAGAUGGCUGAAAAGUAUCCCAGCGCUGAGGUGUUGGGGUUGGACUUGAGUCCUAUACAACCAUCCUGGGUACCUCCAAACGUCAAAUUCAUGGUCGACGACAUUGAAGACGAGUGGCUGAAUGGAGAUAACUUCGACUUUGUUCACCUCCGCAACAUGAUUCCCAUUCUGAAAUCCCCAGUAACACUCCUCAAACAAAUAUACGCCAACAUAAAACCUGGCGCGUGGGUAGAACUCCAAGACGUAGACGGCCAAGUACACACAGACGACAAUAGUAUACCGGACGAUUGGCCCCUCAAACGCUUCACUGAAAUCAUGGUUGAAUGCUUUGCGCUAUACGGAACAAAUGCCAAUGCCGCAGUCUUGGGACGACAGUAUCUCGCCGAAGCAGGGUUUGUCAAUAUCCAACACAACUUUAUCAAGUUACCCUAUGGAACAUGGCCAAAAGACAAGUGA